AUGUCAAUCCAAGAUGAACCAUUGGAUUUAUCAACAACUGCAAAAGAAUCGAAUUCAACACUGACUGAAGAACAAAUUCAAAUGGCAUUACUUGAAAUGUAUACUCAAUAUAUGAAUGAACAAUUUGUAGCAAUAUUAGAAGGUUUGAAAAAAGAUGAUGAGGAGAAGAAUGUUGAGGAAUCUCUAAUUGUUGUCGAUGAUCAAGAUCAAGAUGAAAAUCAAAUGAAAACAUCGAAGAAGAAAAAGGAGAAAAAACAUGUGGAAGUUUCAAAGAAAAAAGAUCGGUUUUAUGAAAGAAGGUGGGUGGCCUAUUUAGAAGAAAAGAAGAAGACCUGUAAGGAAAUCCUAUGUAUAAGGAAUUGUUAUGAUGAACAUCAAGAUCUAAACAUAUGAACAGGAAUGCUUAUAUUCCUAUAGGAACAAAAGGAAAAUUAUUUUUUUCAGCAGUUUUUAGAUUAGGAAAAGUGUUUUGAACAAAAAAAUGUAGUUCAAUGUAAAAAUCGAAAACGUGACCGUGGCAAUUUCAAAGUUAUUUCAAAUCAAAAUUUUGAAUAAAAAAUAAGAAAUGAUUUAAUUUCUUUUUUGAGAAAUGAAAACGUGAAAUUCAGUUUUUUUCACGAGUUGAUUUUUAAAAUAUUAGCUCACGAUUUUUAAAAAAUGACCUUAUUUCAAAAAUAUUCAUUUUUUUCAGAUCUGAAGCAAAUGCUCGAGAACGAAAUCGUGUUCAACAAUUAUCAAAAAUGUUCGACAAUCUUCGAGAAUGUCUUCCAAUUCAAGAAGAACUCAAAAUUUCGAAACUUUCCACUCUGAAAGUUGCAACAGCUUAUAUCGACUUUCUCGCGAAUCUUCUAAAUAAUCAAAAUGAUAACGAAUCAAAAAAUCGGCUGACAAGAGAACUUGAAAGUGCAAAAACGUUACGAAAAUAA